AGCCCGGACUUGAGUUACAGCUUACCAAGCGAGCUUCUCUUCUUCCAGAGCUUCACCAGCCAGAAGCCCGGCCGCCGGUGUGUGCAAACCUGCGUCUACUUGUCCAACACAGGCUGCACGGCUAGCUUCAUUAGCCUUCGGGAGUCUGUUUGGUAGCUCCGGCGGGGACUAGCUUCCGCACAUCCAAGCUGCCAGCCGGCGACAAGGUCGUCGACGAUGUCGAGCAGGAGGUCGUCGCGUGGCGCCAUCUCCGAGGAGGAGAUCAACGAGCUCAUUUCCAAGCUCCAGUCUCUUCUUCCCAACGCCCGCCGCCGCGGCUCCGGCCAGGCGUCGACGACUAAGCUGCUCAAGGAGACGUGCAGCUACAUCAAGAGCCUCCACCGGGAGGUGGACGACCUCAGCGACCGGCUCUCCGACCUCAUGUCCACCAUGGACCACAAUAGCGCCGGCGCCGAGAUCAUCCGCAGCAUCCUGCGCUCGUGA